GUUAAAAAUAUACAUUUUUCCCAUCUGUGUGACAAUUUUUUUCACCAGACUUUAACACUAUUCUGGUCCCACCAUCAUCUUCCUAGCAAAGCGAUUCAGUUUCGUAGUCGAUGUGAAUGAUUUGAUCAGUUAGGAUGCAAAGCAACGCUUUUUCGUAAUCGGCACACGAAAUUUCAAUUUUUCUACUGCUUUAAAAAUUAUAAAAAUGACGUCACUAUGACAAUUGAAAUUGGUGAACUAAUAGUCAUGAAAUGUCAUCAAAUUUUGAUAUGUAUCGAUGUAUACCGAUUGUUGAUAUUAUCCAGAAAUCCAAUGUUUCCAUGUAUGUGUUAGAUCGGAGAUUUAUUGAGUGAUGUAUGUAAUCGAUUUGAAAUCUUGUCGGCAACUUUAAAUCGAAAGCGAACAUGCAUCACUGCUACGCUAAAUGGCUUUGGAUAAAUAAUGAAAAGUUCAAAAAACUUUUAAAUGUCGGCAAUUUUUUAAUGAAAUAAUUGAAAAUCUUUACUCUUGAAAUAAAACCAAUAAUACCCAAGGAGCUUUUGCUUUUUGUAGUUUAGCUCAUUUAUUGAAAAGCUUUAUUUGUUCGACGAUCGAGAGGGCUUUUAAGCGAAAUUAAUAUUUAGUUGUUAACCGAACGAGGUCUUUGGUAAUACAUUAGUAAAACACUCGGAAGUGUUAUGUGCGAAGAUAAAUAUAAAAAUUCUUAAAAGUAUAAUGGAUUUGUUAUUUCUAAGCAAACGCAUCUACUUGGGUACCGAAGAGAAUUUCAUAAAUGGUGGUAUCAUAGUGAGUGAAGACGGUAUUAUAAGGAAAGUAAUGCGUACACCGCAAGAGGUUAACAGUUAUUUGUACAACACAGAAUCGCAAGCGGUUUUCGAUUUUGAAAAUAUGGUUUUAAUGCCAGGCCUAAUUGAUGUCAAUGUGCAUAUUAACGAGCCGGGGCGGAAAGAUUGGGAGGGUUUUUUAAAUGCUACGAAAGCGGCGGCAGCAGGUGGUUUCACCACUAUUAUAGAUCGACCUACUAAUGCUGUACCACCUACAACUACUUUGGCUGGACUCAGAGCUAAGACUUCUACCGCACGUGGUAAAAUUUUUGUCGAUGUAGGCUUUUGGGGUGGUCUAAUACCGGACAACUUACAAGAGUUAUCAUCUCUAUUAAGCGCCGGUGUUAUGGGCCUGCAGUGCUCUUUAUCACAUACCGCCGAACCAGUUAAUAAGGAAUUUCCCGCCAUUACGACUGGGCAACUUCAUGAUAUCCUUUGCAAAUUAGACGAUAACGUUGUCAUAGCAGUACAUGCUGAAAGUGCUCUACAACAGCCUGUAGCAGCUAACGAAAACGAACCGAAGCGCUAUGAGUCAUUUCUGCGAACAAGACCGUCUCAAAUGGAAAUAAAUGCCGUACAAGCCAUCACUGAAUUAGCUUUAAAGCAUAAAAAAAAACAUUUUCAUUUAUUGAAUUUGAGUUCCAAUGAGGUCUUAUCCCUUAUCAAAGACUGUAAGGAUAAAGGAGCUCAGCUAACCGCCGAAACUUGUCCGCACUAUUUAAGUUUAGCGGCCGAAGAUAUAGAGGACUGCCGUACGGAAUUUAAAACUCAGCCGCCAAUUAGAUCAAAAAUGAAUCAGCCGGCUUUAUGGGAGGCCAUAAGGACUGGUUGCUUAGAUUUAAUUGCCUCCGAUCAUUCACCAGCUACAGCGGGCCCUAAAUGCUUGACGUACGGACGCACUAGAGGAAACUUUUUAAAUGCUUGGCCGGGUAUUUCUUCACUCCAACUAGGUCUCUCAAUAAUUUGGACCCAUUGCCAAAGAUAUGGCUUAGGCAUGCAGCAUAUUUACAAAUCAAUGUGUGAAAAUCCUGCUUUACUUUGCGGUUUAGAGAGAUUUAAAGGUAAAAUAGCUGAAGGUUACGAUGCCGAUUUUUGCAUAUGGAAUCCCGAUGAAGAAUUUCAAGUAUCACCCGAUAUGUUACAGUCUUCCAUUAAAGUAAAAAUAUAUAAUGAGAAGAAUGUAUACAAUUUUGAUUUUCAAAUCAUUUUGUUGUCUUUUUCAGUCCACACCAUAUACAAAUCAACGUUUGCGUGGAGUUGUGCAUGCUACCGUAGUACGUGGAUUACAUGUUUAUCAGCAAUACGAGAGUUUCGGCCAACCUUUGGGGAAAAUUUUAUUGCGUAAAACUUCACAAAAGGUUGUAAAAUUCGUACGAAUGUAAUUUGCGCACAUAUGUAAGAUUUCAAUAAAAGCGAAAGGAUUGAAUGACAGAAACAGAAACAUUUUAUUUAGGGCAUCAUUACGACAACAAAUACGUAACAAGUGUUAAACUUACGUAACAAAUGUAUAAAGAACAAACAAAUAAACAUGAAAUUGUAUAAGGAAAAGUUAUUUGGAACAAAGAAAAAUAUUACUUUAUAUUAUGUAUUAUAUAUACCAAGUACGACGUUAGCAAUAUAUGUUUGUCUUAUUUGAUG